GAGGUCGAAUGCCUACCAAAAUUCCCGGAUCGGCUUCUCAACUGGUUUUGGCUUGAGAUUCGCGGGCGCGCCUCCCUCUCCUCUUUCUUCUCGGAGUCUCGUCCAUCGUAUCCCUUGGACUGCAUAUCUUCGUUACCAUCAUCCUUGAAUAGUCAUUCGCUAUAAAUAAUACACACUCAAGAUGGAAUCCCCGGGGUAUCCUGAGUCUCCUAUGGAGCAGGAUGACAUUCCCUUCCCCUGCAAGGGCUGUGGAGAGAUUCUCGAAGAGGGUAAAGCCUUUGAACUUGCGGGCAACCGAUGGCACAUCGAAUGUUUCUGCUGUAGUACCUGCGGCACGCUCCUCGACUCAGAUGCGCACCUCCUCCUGCUUGGCGACGGGUCAUUGAUUUGCAGCAACUGUACUUACAGCUGUAGUUCGUGUGGGAACAAGAUCGAGGACCUUGCCAUCCUCACGGGUGAACAAGCUUUUUGCGCACAAUGCUUCCGCUGCCGCAACUGCAAGCGGAAAAUUGAGAACUUGCGGUAUGCCCGCACCUCCCAGGGUAUAUUCUGUAUGGACUGUCAUGAGUCGUUGAUGCAGCGGCGGAGAAAACGAAAGGCGGCCCCUACGCGAAAACAGGGGACUCCCGGGGUGAAGCUAGACAAAUCACUUCCGUCAUUACCCCCAGAAGAAAUGGAACUGGUCUCGCACGCAUUGGACGAUCAGGAUGCUUAUGCCAUGCCCGGCGGGGAGACCUCUGCGCGAACGGCUUCCGCGCUGGACGCGGGAAGAGGUCACGGCUCGACCUCUCGCCCCGCGGCAGAAAACCAAGACAACCUGCUUCUCCCAUCGAGCACCUAUCGCAGCAAUCGCCAAUCGAUUGUGCCCCCUCAUGCCGAAGCCGAUGGCGGCGAAUUCCUGAUUCCCCUCGCUUUUGACCCCUCUGAAGAACAACGGUCCCGCGGACAAACAAAUCCCACUUCGGGAAGCUCGUCUCCUCACAUCGCCUACCAGGAGAAAGGUCGGGAACGGACUGAUGAUGCCGCUCGCUGGCGUCAGGAAGAACGCGCCAACGGCACGUCUCGUGGCGACAGAACACCUGUCACGCGCUCGGGCUCGGUGCGUAGUUCUCGCUCCGAUCUGGGUGGUCGGAAGGAAGCCAGCACGUUUUCCUCGCCCAGCCCCGAGAGCACCAAGUCUACAACAACUGUGCCCAGAGAUGGCUCAGUCGCAACGGUCCCUGAGAGCAUGACCACACUCCCCAUCAGACCCUCUCAUGAGCUGUGCCGACUCCACGAAGCCAACUGCUCAAUCGACUCCGCGCAUUCAUUCUUGUCCUCGUCGAGCAUGCAAGCUCACCCCAAGCGUGGCGAUUCUCUCGACCGGCGACUGAACCAGAGCCCCAGGAAGGAUGCUCCUUUGUCACCUCGUGCUUCUUCAUUGAGCCCGAGUGAGCAAUGGAGUGAAAAGUCAACAGAUCGGACAGCAUUCAGCAGGAGUACUCGUACGGGCGAUUCGAUGUGGACGCCUCGUAGCGAUGCCAAUGAGCACCCCAAGCCUCCGGCACGCCCCAACUCGGUCAGUGCUCUACAACAAGUGGAGUCUUACCGCCAUGGCGAUGGUGCGGAUCUCUCAGCGGAUGGGGAGCACUCUCAGAUCAUAGGUGCCAGUGAUGGCUCAGCAGCACAGAACAGCGAAUCUUUCCUGCGACGCGUUUCCAAUUCCGUGCGGCACGGUCGGAGCUACAGCGACAAAGGCUCUCGCCUGUCUCGUGACGCAAAGUGGCCCCGGUCGCCUGUUAAUGGAUCUGCAGCAGUCCCUGAUUUAGGCAGUGCUUCUCCCGAGGCGACCGGAUCGGAUGAGUUGACUUGGCUCCGCAACGAGCUCCGCCAGGAACGGCAACGAGUGUUUGAUCGCGAACAGAAGAUUGCGGAGAUGGAGGCCAUGCUGAACGCCAGUGCGGAGGUCAAGCAGGUCAACACCGAGUUGAACGAAAAACGCUCCACCAUGGUGGUCUUGGACGCUCAGAAGGAGAUCGCCAUGCGCGAGUUGUCCGUGUUGACAGAGCACCUUGAGGCGGAGAAGCGUGGCAAUGGUGGUUCUCUCGACCUUGGCAAAUUGACCAACCAUGUUCUGCGCGAAUUCGUGGAGUCGAUCCAGAAGUUGAAGGAUUCAUUCACCCCGCAGAUUGAGGAACUGAUCCAGAAGCGCAAUGAUGCCGCGGAAGAAUUGACCAAUCUUAACCGCAUGAAGGACAAGAGCUUCCAGGAGUUCGAACAGCUGUCCUCAAAGAAUGCUCAGCUUGCCGAACUCAACAACCAACUGGUACACCAGAUCCAGGAGCUUUACAAGGCCAACGACGGCAACCGUGGAGCGAAUGGUCUGGGUAUUUACUCUCAUGGCAAGGAGAAGUCGCUGUCGUCCAUUGAGGCUCUGAAAGCGGCUCACAGCGAUUUGGUCCCGGUCACGGCUAUCAACAUGUCGGAAGAAGCCGAGGGAGCUACCAUUGUCCCCGGUCCGCAAGUCGUCAGUAUUCGAAAGGGACAGCCGCGUAAGUUCAACUGGAAGAAGGGUGGUCAGAACGUUGCCAAGGGUGUCACCAAGGGACUCAAGGGCGCCUUCAUGUCCAGUGAAAACGCCACCACCACAGAGGGAAGCCCUGGCCUGCCGCGCUCUCAAACGCAAGACCCUAGUCGGCCAGGUUUUGGUUUCUUUGGCAAUCAACGCAAUAAGCAGGCUGGGACUCGCAUGCCGACCACCGACAGCGUUCCAGUUCUAGCUGAAACCAAUCCUAAUGCACUCUUUGGUACCGAUUUGGAGCAGCGCAUGGAGCAAGAAAAAAGCAUCAUUCCUGGCAUUGUCUCUCGCUGCAUUCAGGAAGUUGAAUUACGAGGCAUGGAUAUGGAGGGUAUCUACCGGAAAUCCGGUGCUAGCUCGGCAAUCCAGACGAUCCGUGAGGGAUUUGAGCGGUCUCCACAUGAUUACGAUAUCUCCGAUCCGGAUCUCGAUAUUCAUGCGGUGACCUCGGCCCUGAAACAGUAUUUCCGGAAGUUGCCUACGCCACUGAUCACGUUCGAGGUUUACGAAAACAUCAUUGAUACAGGUGAAAUUACCUCUCAGUCCGGUCGCAUUGAGACCCUACAAAAGAGUCUACGCGAGCUGCCGCGCGUGCACCAGGAUGUGCUUGAAUUCCUGAUCUUCCACCUGAAGAGAGUGGUCGAGCGCGAGAAAGAGAAUCUGAUGACCAGCCAAAAUAUCGCCGUGGUGUUUGCCCCGACCAUCAUGCGACCGGAGAGCUUGGCACGGGAAAUGACGGAUGUGCAGAAGAAAAAUGAGGUGAUGAAGUUUUUGGUGGACAACUGUCAGGAGAUCUUCAUGGGCAUGCAGAAUUGACGACUGGCUUUCCAGCCGUUGCCCUAUUCAGGCCUGGGCUUGUCUGAUCUGGCAUCAGAGUGAGCACUGCCUAGCUGCUCUGGAAGAAGGUCUCCUCCUUGACGCUUUGGUUUAAUUGUUUAUUUUAGAAUACCCUUCCAGUUUCCUGUCAAUUGCGACAAAUCUCUUGUACAUACAUAUACCACGGUGGCAUGACCGAUCUGUAUUCUUUUCUCUUCCUUGUCUACGUUUUCUUUCCCCUUCUCUCCCGACCUCUAGCUGGACCUUUUCCUCUGACGAUGACCAUCGUCAUCAGCCCGUCGAUACCCUUUUUCUUCUUUGAUUAUCCCUGACUUCACUCUACUCUUGUAAUCCGACCCUUUUCUCUAUCUCACUUCCCUUCGAUGAUCCCGCAGGUUCGAAGCUAGUUUACACUCUCGAGGGCACGCGCCCGGUUUGGUGGCUAUCUAGAGU